UGUUGCAUUGUCAAUAAUUGUUUAAUAACAAUAUCGUGUAAAUUGUUCCUUGAUAGACAAUUAGUGCAAAGUUGUAGGUAAUACGACGCGUCAUCAACGUGCGCCAGUGGAAGUGGUUUCGUCAAUUCUGCUGGCGAUUGUCUCAAAGCAGGAUGCCUCUUCCUGCGGCACUGCUGGCCCGCUUGGCCAAGAGAGGGAUUGUAAAACCGACAGGACAAGGGGCAGAUGAGGAGAUUAUUGCUGAAGAUUACGACGACAACAAUGUUGAUUAUGAAGCCACAAGGGUUGAAAAUCUGCCGCCAAACUGGUAUAAAGUCUUUGACCCUGCUUGUGGUCUUCCUUACUACUGGAACGUGGAAACAGACUUGGUGGCCUGGCUGUCCCCAAACGACCCAUCUGCUCAGAUAACAAAAGCUGCCAAGAAACAAAAAGCUGAGGUGGGGGACGAUCGAGUUGAGCGUCAGUCUGAGAAGCCAGACAGAGAGCGGGACAGAGAUCGCGACCGCUAUCGAGACAGAGAUCGGGAACGAGAGCGCGACCGUGAGAGGGAUGAGCGCCGGGAACGAGACAGAAGAAAGCAGAGGAGGGAAGACACGGCACCGUAUAACAAGGGAAAAAGAGGUAAAAAAGAUGAUGAAGUGGACCCCAUGGACCCAAGUGCAUAUUCUGAUGCGCCAAGGGGCUUGUGGUCAAGUGGCCUUCCCAAACGUAACGAAGCAAAGACAGGAGCCGAUACCACAGCUGCCGGGCCUCUGUUCCAGCAGCGACCGUACCCGAGUCCAGGAGCUGUACUGCGCGCUAACGCUGCUAACCAAUUUGUCAAGGAGUAACGCCAACUCCCAGCUGUACCUACGCUGUAUGUAUUUUGGUUGACAUAACAGUUCUUCAUUUUUGUCGUAAUAUUGGAAAAGGAGUCAUCUUGGGUCAUUUUGUAGGCAAUGAGCAUAAGCCAGGCGUUCUGAUCUUGCAAUUGUUCCAACAGAGUGGUGACAGUGACUCGCUGAUGAUUGAAGUCAGUGAGGAAGAGCAUGUUCUGUCUUGAGCAAAUAAAUGAUAAAUAGAUUUCCAUUAUUUUAUUUUAACAUAUUAACAGAGGUGACCUCAUUUUUACACUUGUUAAACUGUGACCCCAAACAUUGCCACUACAAAAGGUUUUUACCAUGGUGACAUCUUUUUUUAAUUUUCAUUAUAGUUUUUAAAACAAGAUCAGGUGUGAAUAUGUUACAUGACCCAAUAUAAGGGGGAUGUUUGUCACGAGCCAUUUGAGGACACACUUUGCUAUAGGCUACUGUAAGUUUAAGGAUAUGAAUGAGACUGCAAAUAUUCCCCCGCUACUGAUUUGUUGGUCAAAUAAUUGAAAAAGGCCAAUUUAUUUCAUCUAGUUAUCUUAAUUUAGUGGAACCAGUUUCACCAGUUGUAUAUUGUCCGUUUCUUUUGGAGUGUUGCUCGAUUCCAGACCAAGAUAAUUCUAUCAAGCUAUUAAUUCAUACACUCUCGUACUAUCAUUUGUGCAAAGUCAUGAUUUUAUUACAAACAUUACAAAAAGAUAUUUUGUUGGAAGUUCAGCAGUGGUCUGUUGCGCCCAAAUAGUGACAAAUAAAGUCAUAGUCCAAAGUGAA